CUCCCCUAAAAGACACUUCUACAAGAAAUGCUUUCAUUUUUCUUUUCCUUCUCCCAGUCGUACUGCUAAAUCCCUUUUUCUUGGUUCUUCUAAGGUAAGUUCUUGGUGGUUUUUGAACUUACUGAUAAAACAUGGGUUCUGAGUCUCCAGCUCCAUUGGUUGAGCCGAAAAAUGCAGCAGAGAAGACAUCUGUUGGCAGGUCUUGUGCUCCAAAGAACAAAGGAAAGGUUCCCAAAAGAAUUCACAAGGCUGAGAGGGAGAAGCUCAAGCGUGAGCAUUUAAACGACCUCUUCCUUGACCUGGCUAAUGCUCUCGAUCCAAAUCAACCGAACAAUGGGAAGGCCUCCAUUCUGUGCGAAGCAACUCGACUAUUAAAGGACUUAUUCAGUCAAAUCGAGUCCCUCAAAAAGGAAAAUGCCUCUUUGUUAUCCGAAUCUCACUAUUUGAACUUGGAGACGAAUGAGCUGGAGGAGGAGAAUUCCACCCUAGAAACUCAAAUCCUGGAGCUGCAAAGUGAGAUAGGAACAAAGGUGGUUCAAUCUAAACCCGAUCUGAACGAGCCUCCUCCCGAUUUCCAGCAAACCCACUUGCCCUCACACUUUCAAGUAGAUCAUCCUGGUUUGCCUACCGUCGAACCUGCUCUGGCACAACCACCGGCUCUCCUCGUUGUUCCCCUUCAUCCCGACAUCCAGACUUAUCCUAUGCUCAAUUCGGCGACACGACCUGCCACCAAACCAAACUCCGCUGUCAGCAAACCACAUGCUCGAUAUCCUACCCCGGCAGAUUCAUGGCCUUCUAAACUUCUUGGGGAGCAAUCAGCCAUUAGGAAUGAGUGACAGAACUUUGAUGAAACCCAAGCCAACUUGUAAAUUUCAGUGCAAAAGUUCGGAACCUUUUGCUUUUGGUUUAGAACUAGGAUGGCAGCCCUUUGAAAAGCUUGU